AUGCCGCUACGGUCUCCUGCGAGAGCAUCUUUCACCUCUCACUCCUCAGAUCAGACUGCAGUUUCCCUCAACUAUCAUCGAGUCGAGGAAGCUUUCCGUCGCGCAGACACAUGCAAUGUUGUCAUAGUUGGAGACACAGGUUCUGGUAAAAGUUCCUUGGUCAACUUGAUUAUUGGGAAGGAAAAGGCGCCGACAUCCCGCGACGCCACUGGAUGCACAACUGAACCUACUGUAUACGAGCACGACGUUAUGACUCAGGACAAAACCGUGAAGGUACAGCUGUUCGACACAGCCGGUCUUGAUGAAGGCCCCCAGGGGACAGUCCCCACUGCUCAAGCGAGGACAGCUCUGAAGACGCUUCUUAGAACUCUUAAGAAGAACCGGGGUAUUCAUCUUCUCAUAUACUGCGUACAAGGCACACAGGACGCCCGGGCGCUCCAGCGCAACUACAAGUUAGUGCGCUCCGAAUUGAAGGGAAAAGUUGGAGUGCCUAUCGUCCUUGUCGUCACAGCCCUAGAAGACCGAGAACCAGAAAUGGAAGAUUGGUGGAGGAAUAACGAGAAAUCCAUCUCAGACCUUGGAAUGAACUUUGCUUGCCACGCGUGUAUUACCGCGGUGACCAUCGAUCAAGCUGACACAGAUGAACACAGGCGGCGCCGCGAACAGUCAUACCGCGCCGUCUGCAACCUCAUUGAACAGCGUUGCCCGCAGAAUAUUGGGACCCCCCAGAGUGACUACUAUUCCUCUCGCAAGACUAAAAAUAUCGUACUCUUUGGAGAGGCAGGUGCAGGCAAAAGCUCCGUCGUCAACCUCAUGGCAGGAAAGGAUAUAGCACACACAUCUCCUGGCAUGCAACGCUGUACGCUGCAGUGGCGAGAAUAUCCCAUCGAAUUCGACGGCGUGUCCUAUAAGGUUUUCGAUACCGUUGGACUCGAGGAACCGCAGCUUGGAAUCAAAGAAUAUCUUGAGUCCGUCGAGAACGCCUAUCGGCUUAUCAAGAAAUUGGAAUCGGAAGGCGGCAUUGAUUUGCUUUUGUUCUGUAUGCGCGCCGGCAGAGUCUCUGGUAUGCUCCAGAGCAACUACCGACUCUUUCACGAAUUCCUCUGCGAGAAGAAGGUUCCCAUUGUUCUUGUGAUUACGAACCUCGAGAGAGAGCAGAGGAUGGAGGACUGGUGGGAUCGAGAACAUGCCCACCUCGACAAAUAUCAGAUCAAUGUCACUGGUCACGCGUGCAUCACGGCCGCUAAUUAUCUGGAAGGCAGACACAAAAAUCUUUAUGAACAAUCGCGCGCCACGAUCCGCGAACUUGUGAAGACCUAUGUUGCUGACGGGCAGAGGCAAGCAUGGAUCGGAGGGGACAAUUUGUUUGUCUCGUUCAUGCGUAAGCUGAAGGAGCUACUUGGAGGGGGUUUGCAUAUUAAAAACAAGGAUCUUGUCCCUCAUCUCACGAAGCGUUGCGGGAUAUCUAAAGAAGUCGCAAAACAGUUGGUUGAUAUGAUCAAGCAAGAUUCAUUUUGA